GGCUCAAUAUUUGUGCCCAUGAUCAUGCUUCGGUCUUCCUGCUUCGGUCUUCCUGCGGUGUUCGCAAUACCUCGAAGUAUGAGCGCAUGGAGCUAAUCCAAUAGGUGAUGUCCCCCUUCCCGUCGUACUUGGACGGCAGAGUGGCCGCCUUCUUGUCCACUACGGGACCGCUGUAUUGUACGCCAGUAAGAACUGCGGCGUUUUGGGCUGAUGUUCCUGCAUUUGGAACUAGGACUAGUGUAGAACUGCCGGUGCUGCCGCUUGAGGAGCUGGCACCGGUUCCUGCGAUCGUCACAGUUCCACUUGCUCUCGACAUGAGGACUGUGUUAGGUUGGGGACUCCCUGCAGCAGCGCCCACCAAGGUGAUGAAGAUGGCUGCCACCAUAGCCAGUGCUGGGAUGACAAAGUGGUUGCUUGAAAGUCAUAAGCUGUGGCAUUCUCAGAUUUGGAGUAUUAGCAUAUUAUCGGCAUAUGACUCAUUUGUCAAUCGCUUGGCAGUGCUGCGCCAGCCCCAUCAGCAGCAGCUUCUUCAACAGCAGACUUCUUCAGCAGCCAUGGAUCGAUGCGACAAGUGCGAGAAAUGUAACCAGCUCUUCUUUUCACCACUGAAUUAUCGGCGGCAUGCUCGUGUGCAUCGCCGCACUCUAGGAACAGACAAGGAGGAUGUCGUCAAAGAGAAGGCGCACUUGAUGGCAUUCUUUAGAAAGGAAGAGGAGGAAAAGAUGGCUGCCAUACUGAAGGAGAGGCAGGAGAAGAAAAAGGCCAAGAAAAAGGGUCUGAUGGAGGCACAGGCGGCGAAGCUGAAGAAGAUAGAGGAGGAGAUGGCCAGAGAAACGGAAAGAUUGAAAAAAGAAGAAGAGGAGAAACUAAAAGAGGUGGAAGAGGAAGAGGAGGAAGAUGAGCAGCCACUGGAAAGGAGGAGAGAGCAACGAGGGCAGUACAGUGGCAACAAAAAUGAUGAAAUGGAGAAGAGGAUUUCGGAAUGGGUUGCCAACUUGUCUUUGGGAGAAGAGGAGGAGGUAGCCAUGUAUAUCCCCAAGGACGAGCAGGAGGCCGCCGUGAAGGAAUGGGAUGCAGAAAGAGAUGCUUUGAAGCGGCAGGCGGUGGAAGAUGAGAAGAGAAUGGAAUGGAAGUUAAGGAUGAUGAGGGAGAAGAAAAAGAGGGUGGAUGUAGCAAGUGAAGCGGUCAAAGAGUUAGAGGUGCAAAAAGUGACUCUACAGUUGACCCCUCGAGUAGAUCUCCAACGAAAGGUAGAGAUCAUUGCCCAGAGUGUCGAGCGCUUGGCCCGAGUACAGGAGGAACAAUAUGAGUUUAGUAGAAGUCAAGACAUGGCUGUGCGCUCGAUGCGACUGGGAUUUUGGGAUUUUGCCCGCGAGUUGGUAGGAGCAGUUGGGGCCGAGGUGAACCAUCGCCUCGAGAAGACCGAACGAUUUUGCGUUGGCGCCAUUGAAGGCGUCAAGGCGACAGCUCCCAAGGAGGAAGAGGCACGUCCUCAUUUCAUGAAGUUGUUGCGCGAGCGAUUCGCUGAUGUCGCCCGCAGUGUUAAAGCCUCAUAUAGGCUUCAGACCAUCCAUUCUCGUCAAUGGAAGAGUGCCAGGGCACUCAAGGGUGUUAUGGACGAAUGGGUAGCAGUUCCUGACCACGGGGUCACAGAGACCCAGUUGGUCAACCUCUUCUACAGGGCCAUGCCCGAAUCGCUGCAUGGCCACUUCUUUGCGAAGAGUCAAGAUCCUGCUAUGACGUACGAUGCACUCAGCAGGGAAGUGGUGGCCUUUGAGGGAAAGUGUGUGUCAGUUUCCACUUUCUGGCACAAAGACGUGGACAAAGGAAAGAAGUGGAAGGGUCGCACUAUCUCAGGACAAGUUAAGACCAAGGAUAGUCUUGUCCUUACUUUAGACGAAGGUAGUGUUGACGAGAUCCCCUACGAUCAGAUAGAGUGGGGGUUAGAAGAUGAGGACAUUGGGGCAAGUCAAGGGAGGACUUAUGCUGUUGUCGCGGUUGGAGGGAGGCCGGAAGGAGGAGGACGAGGCCAGUGCCAAGGGGGCCGGGCCUCAGGGGGCCGAUUUCAGGGCAAUCAGGGGGUUGGCGGCAGAGGAGGAAACCGCCAAGCGGGAGGAAGGGGUCAAGGUCCCCCGCAAAAUCGUUCUGGGAAUAGGUCUCCGUAUAGGAGAGGUGGAUGGCACCCAGGGCUGCCGCAGGGGGCCACCCGCAACUAUAUCAGUAAGAAAGCGCUGCAAAAGUUGAAGCUGGGACUUAAAGUCCAGAAACUAGCAGACCCCAUAGUUAGUAUCCUCGCAGACAACCGUACGAUGGUUGUAGAGGAUUAUGUAGAGGGAGUUCAGGCGUAUUUCCGCCUAGAGAAAGAUGGGAGAGGGGAGAAGGUCCUCCAUUCCCUGACUCUCCUCGUAGAAGACAGCCUCCCAUUCGAUAUUGUCCUGGGAAUGGAUUGGGGAGAGGCAGCCGGGGCCACACUCCAUUUGAAAGAGCACGAGUGUAGGCUCCCUAGCCCUUCAGGCGAGGCUAAGACCGCCCGCCUGUUUCAUGUGUCCGGAGUAGAGAACCCCCUGGCACAUUGCUGCCUUAGUGCUCCUGCGAUCGCAAGAUUAGUGAAAAAAGAGCAACUGGAGGAACAGGUCUUUGUUGCCUAUGGUAGGCCAGUGAUCGAGUCUAAGGAGGAGGAGCUUAUAGACCCUGCUAUUGCCAAACUGCUGGAGGAAUUUAAAGACUUAGCUGAGCCGCCGUUAGGUGUAGUACCAUGGCCCAUCCAGCAUUGCAUUGAGAUAGAGCCUAGCAGUAAAACUCCUAAGGGCGUUGUGUACAGGAUGUCCCCGCGGGAGUUAAAGGAACUUCGCAAGCAGUUAGACGAGCUCCUUGAGAAGGGUUGGAUUAGGCCCAGUUCGUCUCCAUUUGGAGCACCUGUUCUCUUUGUCCCCAAGAAAGAGGGAGAGCUGAGAAUGUGUAUAGACUAUAGAGGUCUGAAUGCUAUUACGGUAAAGAAUGCUGAGCCACUACCUAGGAUAGACGAUCUCUUAGAUCGAGUGCAGGGGGCCAAGUAUUUCUCUAACAUAGAUUUGAAGUCCGGAUAUCACCAGAUAGAGUUUCACCCUGAUGAUCAGUAUAAGACAGGCUUCCGGACUAAAUAUGGGCACUAUGAGUUCAUAGUGAUGCCCUUUGGACUAACCAAUGCGCCACCAACGUUCCAGCGCUGUAUGAAGGAUUUGUUUAGGCCAUGGUUAGAUAUAUUUGUUAUUGUCUACUUAGAGGAUAUCUUAGUGUUUAGCAAGACCCUCCAAGAGCAUCAGGGUUAUCUCAGGCAGGUCUUGGAGAAACUGAGAGAAGCUAACUUCAAGAUCAACGCGAAGAAGUGCGAUUGGGCGAAGACCCAAGUUUUAUAUUUAGGCCACGUCUUAGACGGAGACGGCGUUAAGCCAGAGCAUUGCAAAAUCGCAGCGAUUAGAGAUUGGCCCACACCGCGUACGCUGACAGAGUUGCGGUCGUUCGUGGGCUUAGCCAACUACUAUAGGAAGUUCGUGAGGAACUUCUCCACUAUCGCUGCGCCCCUUCGCAGAUUAUUGAGGAAAGAAACCAUCUGGAAGUGGGAUAAGGACUGCACGUCUGCCAUGAAGAAAUUGAAGCAAGCAUUGAUAGAGUACCCAGUCCUUAAGGUGGCCGAUCCGUCCCUACCCUUUGUCGUCACUACGGACGCCAGCCAGUACGACAUAGGUGUUGUCUUGCAGCAAGACAAUGGCAAUGGUUAUAGACCCGUAGAGUUCAUGUCUGCUAGGAUGCCUUCAGAAAAGGUAGCGACAUCGACUUAUGAGCGAGAACUCUACGCUCUCAGGCAAGCAUUAGACCACUGGAAGCACUACUUGCUUGGGAGGCACUUCAAAGUCUAUUCAGAUCAUGAGACGCUGAGAUGGUUAAAGACCCAGGCCGAGAUGACACCUAAGCUUACUAGGUGGGCCACUGAGAUAGAUCAGUAUGAUUUUGAGCUCAAGCCACUAAAAGGGAAGUAUAACGUAGUUGCGGAUGCUCUGAGUAGGAGAGCGGACUACUUUGGAGCAAUAGUUCACUAUCUGGACAUAGGGAAGUACCUGCAGCAAAAGGUUAGAGAAGCGUACGCGCAGGACCCUAUCUAUAGUGACCUUUUUAAGAAAGUAAAGGAGGCCCCAGAGACCGAGCCAGAUUACCGCACUACAGAGGGGUUGCUCUUUGAGAGGACUAACGUAUUUGACCGAUUGUGCAUUCCCAAUAGCGAAGAAAUCCAUAGCCUGAUCUUGGGAGAAUGCCACGACAUAGAGGGUCAUUUCGGUUGGCAAAAGACUCUGGCCAAUCUAAUGCACGCGUACGCCUAUAUGUCCCUCAAGAAUUUCCCUCACAGGUAGGUCUCUCGGUUAGCCCUCAGCCAAACAAAAUUAUGAAUCUGUC